CCAGUAGCUUGUGUCUGAAACGUUCAACGCCAGCUCCAGUCUUUAACGAAAUGAUUUCUGCUUUUUGUUCCUAGAUUAGAUAUUUUUUUUUUCCCCCUUUCCAUUAUUAAUAUAUCCAAACAAAUGCACUGUCGAGUCUCGUAUUUAGCAGUUUGCGAGUGGAAGCUGCUGCCUCACUUGUUGGCACAGGUUAGACAUGAUGUGUGUGUCGUGUAUGUGUGAGAAUCACCGUGUUUGGCCUUUUUGGAGGGAGGUGAAUGAACUGCCUGCUCACUAACAGGUAGUGGUGCAGCUCCUAAAACUAUAAUGAUACUCUGCUGGCUGGAUGCUUUGAUAUUAAAAGAACUAAAAAUACAAUCUAGUUACAGUGGCCUCUGUGCAUGUUUCACGGCGGUGUCAGAAGCCAUUGGAAGGUGAGUGAAAGGGCCCACUGAAGGCUGAAGGUGGUGGCAGAGCUCUCCUGGAUGGGAGAGGCUCAUUCCUAGUUUCUUCUCCAGAGGCUUUCACAGGUUUGACUUAUUUCUGUCAGGGAUUUAGCAAAUCUCCUUGAGACGCCGUAGUGCUGGUUGAACCACUGCACCGAGUCCUCCUCCUGCCUUGAGCCUCAAGUCUUCCCAUGCCACUAAAUCCCAGGAUUUAAUUUGAGCCAGUGCUGCCCACAGCUCCUGUGGGUGGCUUCAGCCAUUCCUCUGGCCAGCAGCUCCUGCUCUGCAGCGGCCCUAGCCAGGAUGGAAGCAUGCAACCAUGUUGUGUUGAGGAAAAACUGAUGGUGGUUCUUCCUAUCAGCUGCUCCUUCGGAACUGCCAGUGUAUAGAGCCUGUGGUGCUGUGAGUAAAGGUGCUCAGCACUUACACAGGCAGAGAUAGAAACCUCUUGCAGUGGUUAAAAAGAAAGAGAUAGAAACCUCUUGCAGUGGUUAAAACUCAAGAGCACCCCAAGUUCCUCAGAGUAACUCACUCGUGUUCCCAUACCCCUUAGUCUGAAGACCUGGGAGCUCGUAAUUGGACUUCCAUGCCCCUACAGUGAGCCCAUUAGAGAUAAGUAUUUCUGUGCUGUGGAGGCCUGUCGAGAGGUAACGAGUCCUCUGGGCUCUGGGAAUGCUGAUUAAUCCCUUGGACUAAGGCACUCUAACUCCUCAGACAGGACUGCCUUGGUGGUUAAUGCUUCCUGCUUCCUCUAACACGGUUUCAUGUGAAAUCCUCUGGUUCAUGCAUGGCACUCUUGCAGUCCUCUCGUGUCCUGUGCUGGUGCCAAAACUCAGGAUGUGGUUGUAGCUGUCACCUCUUGGGCUUCUGCUUUGGCAUGGCAUUCACUGGAUGUGUAAUUUGGUCUGUUUUCUCUUUUGGGUGCCCUGUAUUGCUCUGUACAUCACCAAUGUGGAAACACGGAGACUUUGAAAGAAGCUCAAGCCUUCUCCCAGCCCCAGAUGGACUCAGAAGCACAGCCCCUGUGCUGUGUAGCGUGGCAGGCACAAAGUGACAGAGCAAAUAACACAUGACACUGCAGUCUGGAGUUUGGGGUGGCAUCAUUGUGUCCUGGGGACAAGAGCCAGGGCUGGCCGUGGGCUUAGUCAGGCAUUUGCAUUUGGUACUUGUCCAGAUUUAGAUCUUCCCACUGUGCAUUUUUGUGCCAUGUCUCUCAUGUAUUAUUGACACGCUGGUGACUCGAAGCUCCAGGCAAAUCGUGGGUAUGGGCUGUGAGGGUUUUUCUGCACCUCCUGCAUCACAAUAGAAAUGCAGGAGUCAAAAUAGCCUGUCUAGUUUAACCCAUUAGACAGACAAACAGCCUCUCUGGCAGAAGAUGUGGAGUUCUGCUCCACAUAAAGCUAUCAAGUUAGUUAUGAGCAGCUAGAGCCUGUGGCACUGAUGGUGAUCAUGUUGGGAAUGUUUAAUUCAUUAUCCAGUGACCUUUUGAAAUGACUCUUAGAUCAUCCCCAAAUCUAAAUACAAAGUGCCAGGAAGGAAACGUUUGCAUCCAAUUUUAAUCUUAUUCUAGGAGUUUGAAGAGUUGGAGUCACUUGAUGUGCUCUGAGAAGGGAAGAGCAAAGCAAAAAAUGUCUUCCCCUCUUCCACGCCCCCUUCUUGCUCAGGAAAGAUGAGGAGAGCUUUCUAAAGAGCUGUAAGAAGAGCAAAUGAGGAGCAUCUUGGUUGUUAACUAGCUUCAUGCUCUGUUUGAGCCUAAAAUGUUCAAGAGCUUCUGGUUUAGACAUGCAGCAGAAGUAGAACCGCUUCAGGUAGGCUUUAGCUGUGGAUAUGGGGUCUCACCUCCUGCAGGAGGCCCUUGCAAAAACCCUCAGGCACGUAGAUUUUGGGUUAUGUGUAUGGAAUCGAUACUGCAGCCAUCGUUGUUCCAUGCAGUUGGCUUUAAUUUUGAAGGAAGUUGAUGAGUUCAGUGUGCUUGUUUUGUGCUUUAGCUUUUCAUUCUGGAUGUUCAGCUGAACUGGGGCUCCCUCUUCAGUUUUGGUGAAUCUCAAAGUUACUUUACAUUAUUCUUGCUGGUCAUAAAUGCUUGUUUCUUCUAGUAAGGCCAUCAUGUUGUUCAAGAAGAGCUUCACGCUCCAGGACUGCGCUGUUGCAGCUUCCUUCGUGCUAACUGCCCACUGUGGGUGUAAUCCAGUGGUGAGAGUGCUGAACUGUUUCUCUGGAGCUGGCAUAGCCUCAAAUUCACACUUGCUAAUUGCUGGUGGUAUAAAAUCUGCUGUUGUGGUGCCAAAGAUACACCGCAGGUUGGCUCCUUCUCUGCAGAACCACAGAAGCAGAGUCGUUUGGAAGCCGCCUUGUGCUGUAACUCCUGGUUUAAGCCAUCGUAGCUGAUGGAAGAGCUGAGCCACUUGGAGAAGGAAGCCCAUAAUCCGUGUCUGUAAUGACACAGCUGUUCUCCAACCAUAACACAUGGGCAUCUUCUGCUUUGGUUUUGAUGUGUGUUGAGUGGAGGAUCAGAUAGGGAUAGUGCUGUUGUGUGACAGUGCAAGGGCUAGAGCAGUGGGUCAGAGCAGCUCAUCAUGAAUCCAGCAGAGUCCUUCCUCUGCUCGUCUCUUCUCCUGAUGGUUUUCACACUUUUUUCCUCACAAACAACUUGUGUUACAUUUGGAGCUGAUGCUUCAGCUUGGUCACAGCCAGUGAGUAUGAAAGAGCAGAAGAGGGGGUGGCCAGUUGGCAGGGAUCUCUUGUAAUCUGGAAGGUAUGGCUUGAGGAACUGCUUUUCGAUAGACACGGAGGGAUGGUUGUGCUCUACCAAAUGAGAAAAGGGUGGUUGUAGGGAGGAACACCUCAAAGUGGAAAUCUGGAAUUCUGUGGUCUACUGAAAAAAGAAACCCAGCAAAAGAUGUGGUUAAACCCACUCUUUUCUAGACUUGCCUUUUUAAAGUUCUCUCUUAAGGAAACGUGCUUGACUGCAACCUUGAAGCUUGAAACAUUGCUUCAGCCCCAUCCAGAAAGCAGUUACGUUCAGUUUCCCUGUACCACAAGCUGUGUGUAGCGUGUGAUUAAUUUGAUAGGUUUAAAUGCAUUGAUUUAAUUCACAUUCCCACAGCAUUCCCAAUGCUGGGAUUAUCCUGGUCUUUUGUGGUAGCUCUGAAAGGUGAAUCAGAACGUAGUAUUUUGCUGUGGCAAUGGAUGACAUGGUUUUGUCUCGGCUUAGCUACUCUUAAGUAUUUAUGUUGUUGAACCAAGUAGUUUAGAUAAUAGAGGGUUUAGCAUAGAACUGGAAUUGAGCCUUGGAACUUUGUGUGUGAAGUUGCUCCUCGGCUGUCUGGAGGGGACUAAGGCUGUUGUUGUUCCUGUUGACCAAGGUGUGCUGCAAGCUCAUGGUGUAAGUGGUUCUGGUGACACAGAGCAGCAGUUACGGGUGUGUGGAACAGAACCUUGGGGUUAUUUUAUCCUUUCAUGAGCAUAGAAAUGCUCUAACAAGGUACAUCAGGUCAGGUCUAUCAGAUUUGAUAGAAAAUGCUUGAUGUCAGUUCCUCCAUCUAACUGUAUGUUUUAUUGUGUGGCUUUCAGUUAAAAAAGCACAAAUGGGUUCUGCUCUGCCUUUCAAAUCCUGUGGUGAUAAAUGGAGUUAUCACUGCCCCCCCCGGUUACACCACGGCACGGUUCUCACUUGGCACAUUCUUCACUAAAUCUGUUCAGACAAGCUCCUGUUUUCCUGACACAUGAAGGAUGAGGAGAGGGACAGGACAGAACUGUCUGAAGGAAGCGCUGGAGGACGUGCAGAGAGAGCCUGCGGCGAAGGCAGGAAAGCAGCCCUUCCCUGGCGGCCUCUGUGCGAGCUCCAGCCCAGCGGCAGUCCCUGUUCCAAGGCUGUGUCAGGGGCUGUGGGUGAGCCGGGCUGUGUUUCCUGGAUGCCGGGUUUGUUGGAUGUGUGGGGAGCAGUAAGUGGAGCUCUGAGCACUCUAACAACUGAGAUAGGCACAAAUGUGAUCGCUUGGCAGCUGCGGCUCAGAGCAAUAAGCUCAGGGCUUGAAUUCCAGAGGGCUGGAAUCCUGGCUCUGUCACCAGUUCACCAAAUGGCUCGCAGCUAAUAUAUUAAUAUAUUUUUCCAUCUGUGGAAGCGUCUGAUCUCACAAAAGCAGACAGAGUAGAUGUUUGUCAGGCCUAGAGAACAUGGAACAAUGAGCAUCUGAGAGAAACGCCACGAGGAGAUGAGGAAUGUCACAGUGCUUUCUGGGUUCCGAAGCUUGGUGAUAAAUACAAGAAAAUAUGGAAGAGAAGGAUAAAAAUGUUUAACAGUGCCUUUAUUCAUUACAUGUGAGGGAUUUGGCACCCUUACCCAGGCCAUAGAUCACACAAUCUAAUCUUGUAUCUUAACGUGUCCUCACGGGAGCCUGAGUUCUGGGGUAGACUUGACGUUUCCACACUCGUGUUUGCAAUAUAAAUCGUUGCAAUAGUUUUAAGCCCAAUGUUUUUAUGUGAAGUUAGCUUUGAGAAGCUGGGGUAAUGUCCUUUGAAAGCCUGCUGUCCUCACCCGAAUCUUCAUUACCAUGUCGAGACCACAGACAUAGAGGAAGGUUUGCUUAAUGCCCUGCUCUCCUCUGGGGGAAGCAGUUCCCCCCUUGUUUGCUUUCGAAUGUGCAAGAUCCUUCCUUUGAUUGUGGGUGGUAAGUUUAUGGGUUACUUGAGUGCAUGUAGCCAGUGAAAUCAUUAUGCUCUCGGUGACACAUGCUUGUUGUGACAGCGAUGGCCUUCUCUUGGCUUAGCACUGGGCUUUAUUGCCCUGUGUGUUCACAUGGUGUUAAAGCAGCUUUAUGAAACUGAAGGCUGAGUGUAUGAGAGGUGAGUAGUCCCGGCCAUGCACAGCCUGUCCCCACCCUUGCAGCGGGGCCCUAGGUCAGGCAGGACUCUUCAGCCCUCUCCACUUACCCUGUGAAGUAAGGCAGCAACUCAUCUCUGGUUUCUGUUCUGCAUCAACCAAGAUCUGUGUUCUUCUUGGGCAUCUUUCAUGUUGGUCUUUAAUACCACUGAUCAUCAUUGGGGUCAGGGAUGUUUUCUGACCCAGACUCUCUGCAUUCCCUUGCAGAAGUUCAGGGAACUCGCUUUGCUUUUCUGCAACUGUCCCCCUGGGCUUGUCUGUCCAAGCAGCUUUGAGCUCCUCUGUGAAGUUUUCCCUGUGACUGGGGUGUUUGCAACUUGUCUUUCACUUGUCCUUUCUCUCCCGCUUAGUAAGGCUGAAGUCCCCAGCGCAGUUCUUGUGUGCUUGGAGAAGAGUUCCUGCUCGCUGCGGCUUUGCUUGUUGCUGAGGGUGACAGACACUUCAGGCUUCCUUUGAAUCUCUUGAUUGAUUGUGACCCCUUCCAGAAGUCUGACAUAAACAGGAUGAGCUCACAAAUCUCAUUCCCAAAGGAGACCAGGGUAAAAGGUUGCCCUUGUUUGUUUGCUGUUUGCAGCAAUCAGAAUGAGCUCCCAACAUAGCGUUGGGGUUUCCGGCAGCAAGCAGCACCACAGAGCGUGCCAGGGCUUGUCACCAGUGAAAAUCAGUGGAUUUCCUCAUCUCCUGCCUUUCGAUGUGCUGAAGGAGGAGUUUGCAUUUUCAACGUGAUGGCUCUUGGGCUAUCAUAGAAUCAGCAAGGUUGGAAAAUACCUUUAAGUUCAUCAGGUCCAACCAUUAACCCAGCACUGCCAAGGCCACCACUAACCUGUGUCCCCAAGCACAUCUACACAUCUUCUAAACACCUCCAGGGGCGGUGGCUCCACCAUGUCCCUGGGCAGCUUAUUCCAAUGCUUGGCAACCCUGAACCUCCCCUGGCACAACGUGGUUUUGUUGUUGGUCGUAGCAUAGUGAGUAAAAAUCCUCAGAGCUCGACGAGAUCAUGUCCCGAGACUCUUAGUUCUCCUCCGACAGUGUCAUAUCAAUCGCCCUAAAGGAUUAUAUCCCACAAAGCUUGUACCUGGGAGGAUUUUCUAUGAAGAUGUCAAGCUAGUGAGCGGGACUCAGGCUGUUCUGUCCCCUCUCUGGUGCUCACAUGCUAUACCUGGGUGAUACAGUGCAAUAUAGUUGAUCGAAUGAUGUUAACUCGUCAUUUUGGGGGUACAUCUUUCAGUGGGAGCAUCCUGUUCGUUCUCUGUCCAUAGCCAGCCCUUCAGAAGCAGCUUGUACCUGAUAAUGAUGGAGGGAGCAGCUCUUCUCAAUCUGCAAAUUGCCAUGAAACCUAUUUUCUGCUUUGACUGUUUAAAACAAAACCUCUGCUCUCGUGCUGAGAACACCAGCGUUCCUGGAGGGGCUCAGAUGGCAGCUCCAUCUGGUGCAGCAUUCCCUUUGGAAGAGCAGAGCAGCAGCAUCCUUGUGUCCAGAGCAGGAGCACACAUCCUGCAGCUGCAGCUGGGCAGUGAUAAUCCUCCUGUACAGCACAACUUGGGGGCUGGGACUGGCACCCUGGAGCUUUGGGAUUAACUCUUUUCCCAAGAUCUAUUAAUUUAUAGCGCGUUUGGCAAAAGAUUUGCUCAUUUGCUCAGAUCCUUUAACUUUGUGCUGUUAGAAAGGAGUGAAUUUGGAGAAGCCUCCUCCCUGCCUGGCUCCCCUGUAGGAAUGGGGUGGCUAUUGGGGUAUAUUUUGGGAAUGAGCAGUUUUUCACAAGCUGGGAGCAAGUUUUUCCCUUCUCUUUGGGAAGAGGAAAGCAACACAAGUGUAUCUGCUCAGUUUUGAACUCUCAUUCCAUUUCUGAAUGAAAUUAAAACUUAAUUUACUUGAAGAGAUUGGAUUUUCUAAGCUGUGACUCUUGCGUAAGCUGUUGGUUUUCCCAUCCCCUUGGAGGUUUGUGCUUUGUCCUCUCCACAGAGGUUUUUCCCCAUGUGUGGAAUUGUCUUUAUACAAUAGCCCUCUCUGUUUUGGGGUUUGUAGCCUGUGUGGUGUGACCAGUCUGUAAAGGAAAGAGUUUGUGACCUGCUUCAGAGCAAAAAGAAGUUGUCUGGGGUGUGGGGUGACGGACACAGCUUUGUGUGGUCUGUGUGAUUUACCGUGGGGGGGGUCAUUGUCUGUGGGGCAGCGCUUGCAUCCCUGCGCAGUGGUGUGAGAUGUGGGAAUUCUUGCCUUGUCUUGAAAGCUGUUCUUCCCUUCAAAGCAUGUUGGUGUACCUGAAAAAGGCAGCAGAAGCCUAAAGCUGGGAGCCCCCCAGCGCCCGAGACCCGUGUUUCCAUGCUGGUGAAGAUCCCCUUGUCACGCUCAGUAGCUCUGGAGUACUUUUGCUUGAGGAAGUUCUUUUAAAGGAGCACGUAAAAAGCUUAACUUUAAAAAUCCCCUUUUCCCCUUUGGUCGUUGUCCAUCUCCCUGGCAGUCAGUGGGGCAGCACAGAGCCCGCUCCCUUCCCUCAGUGGCUUUCCUGGGACAUGGAGGGAGUUGGUUUCGGUGGUGGGGACCGGUGCUGCUGCCGGGAGCCGUGUUCCGUGCUCCGAGGUGGUUCAUUCAUAACAAAAUGAUGGUGAAGUUGAAAACAAACAUUGCUUUUCCCAUUGAAUAUUCUCCUCCUGCCUGCAAACGCAGCUCCUUUUGACCCAAAGUAUUUGUAAUUGCCUUAAGAUUCUGUUUUGUCUCCUUUUUAAACUGCCUGCUUAAAUGUGCCUCUGAAAUCGGGCCGUCACCAGCAGCUCAACCUCCUCCAACACCCAAAGCUUCCAGGUUGCAGCUCUGGAAUCAAGUCACCACGGCUCAAAAUCGCUCCCUGGUUCCACAGGGCGAAGCACGGUGAUGGGGUGGAGGGUGAGGAAGAAGCCUCGUGUUGUUAUUGAUUAUCUUUUUAACCCAUCCUACCUGCAAACGGCCUGUUUCUGCCCCUGAUGGUUUCUGCCUAACAAAUGGUGUUUCUUUUUUACAGCGUUAUGAUCCUGGACUUGUUGUGGUGAUGGUAAACUUAGCAGUGGGAGGACAGAUCCCAUCCCUAUCGUUGUCAAGUAUGAUGUCAUGGGCAUGGGGCGGAUGGAGAUGGAGCUUGAUUACGCCGAAGAUGCCACCGAGCGGAGGCGAGUGCUGGAGGUGGAGAAGGAGGACACCGAGGAGCUGAGGCAGAAGUACAAGGAUUAUGUUGACAAAGAAAAGGCAAUUGCCAAGGCGCUGGAAGACCUCAGAGCAAACUUCUACUGUGAACUCUGUGACAAGCAGUACCAAAAGCAUCAAGAGUUUGACAACCACAUCAACUCUUACGAUCACGCUCACAAGCAGAGGUUGAAAGAUCUCAAGCAGAGGGAGUUUGCUCGCAACGUCUCUUCGAGAUCACGUAAAGAUGAAAGGAAGCAGGAGAAGGCCCUGCGGCGCCUCCACGAGCUGGCUGAGCAGAGGAGGCAGCCUGAAUGUGCUCCUGGAAGCGGACCCAUGUUCAGAACCACCACGGUGGCUGUGGAUGAGGAAGGUGGAGAUGAUGGUGAUGAUUCUGCAGCCAACAGCAGCUCUUUCAUCCAGUCGACUUCUGGCCAAGCUUCAGAGAUGGGUAUGGACAGAGGUUUCGUAAACACUGGACAAGUUGCUGGCACUGUUACACCAAACCAAAUGCCCAUCCAGGGAGCACAGGCAAUCAGCUUCGGCAUCAAGAGUACGUUGGGAACUCCCCUGCAGAAGAUAGGUGUGUCUUUUUCAUUUGCAAAGAAGACUCCAGUAAAGCUUGAGACCAUAGCUUCUGUUUUCAAGGACCAUGUGGAAGAAUCGAGUGCUGCAGAUGGAGCAAAAGCUGAUGAGAAAGGGUCCUCGGAGGCAGGGAGCCUGCAGAAACCCGGUGAGGGUGAAAGCACAAAUAAUUCUGAUGGCAAGGCAGAGGAAGAUGAGCAACACGACAAAGACAGCGGGUCUCUAGCCACUACCUUGUCAAAACUAAAAAAGAUGAGACGAGAAGAUGGGCCAAUGGCAGUUGAACCAGAAUACUACCACUAUAUUCCUCCAGCCCAUUGUAAAGUGAAGCCUAACUUUCAAUUCCUGCUUUUCAUGAAGUCUACCGAACAAAUGGAAGCUGAAAAUGUGAACAAAAAAGCUACCCAUGAAGUCAAAAAGGGGAGUUCUCCCAGACCCAAACCCAGCAAGCACCCAGAGAAGGCUGCUGAGAGCACGGGGCAGCAGAAGGAGCAGAGCACUGCUGAAAGCACAGCUCAGCACAGCAAAACUGAGCUAAAAGAAGUGCUGGAAAACGCGAGUGUGCAGGAGAGCAAACGUCUAACAGAGAGCGACCCCCCUGAGCCAGACGCUGCUAAAGCAGCCCCACAGCCUGCCUCGGGCUGUAAGAAUGUCUCCGAAGGACCAAAACCCAAACCCACAGGACCUUUUUUCCCUGUUCUAAGUAAAGACGAGAGCACGACCCUCCAGUGGCCUUCAGAGCUUCUCAUAUUUACCAAAGCAGAACCAUCGGUUUCAUACAGUUGUAACCCCCUGUAUUUUGAUUUCAAGCUCUCUCGCAAUAAAGAUGCUAAAGGCAAAGGGGCAGAGAAACCCAAGGAGCCAGGGGGGCUUUGUAAGGAAAGUGGUCAGAGCGCAGAAGCUGGUGAGAUGAGCAAACCCAAGGAGGCAGAAAGCGUAGCCAACAGUUCUGCUCUGAAAAUGGAAACCAAAUCUCUGUCCAACUGUGGCUCCCAGAACAAGCAGGAGUCCGGCUUGGCAAGUGUUAGUAAGGGAGAGGGAGAGGAGGGUGGUAAAAGCAUGAUGGGGAAGAGCAAAUCUGGCAGGUCCCAUAAACACAAAAAGAAAAAGAAGCACAAAAAGUCCAGCAAACACAGACGAAAACACAAGGAGGAGGCUGAUGAGAAGGGGCGGAAAACUGACCUGGGGGAAGAGAAACCCAAGAAACGGAGAAGACACCGGCACAAAAAAGGCAAAUCCUGUCUUUCGACUGAAUCGGAAUGGGCCCUGAAAGCAGAACUGCCGGAGGAGUGCGGGCACUGCCCGAGGAGAAAGCGGUGCUCCCAGGAAUCCCAGAGGAAGUCUCUGUCUGCAGAGGAGGGAAGCAGCGGUAAGAAAGAGGACGGCGGUAACUCCUGCCCGGAGCACUGCGGCAGGAAGCACAGGGCUGACCUGCAGCCGUUCCCCGCCCCGAGGCGGCGGUGUGCGGGUCCUGCCCCGGGCAGGGCUGCCCGCAGGAGCCGCCAGAGCAGCGGGGACUACGACAGCGAGGAGGGCUCCCCCGGGAAGCGCUGCCGGCAGAAGUCCCCCUCGCACUACAGUGACGACGACGACUCGGGCAGCGAGCGAUCCCGGAGCCGCUCCCGCUCGGGGCGCAGGCAUUCCUCCCGCGGGUCCUACUCCUCCAGCUCCGAUGCCUCCUCGGACCACAGCCGCUACAGCCGCCGCAGGAGCUACUCGGACGACAGCUACAGCGAUUACAGUGACCGGUCGAGGUGCCACUCAAAGCGGUCCCAUGACUCGGAGGAUGACUCUGACUACAACAGCUCCAGUCACAGAUCCAAGCGGCACAAGUACUCGUCCUCAGACGAUGACUACAGCUCGAGCCGGAGCAGGUCGAGGAGCCGGAGCAGGAGCACAACCCACCCUCGAGGCAGGUCACGAACGAGGAGCCGGGGCAGAACACGCAGCAGCAGCUGCAGCCGCAGCCGGAGCAAGAGGAGAAGCCGCAGCGCAACGGAGCGCAGCUGGAAACGGAGCCGCAGCUACAGCAGGGACCGCAGCCGCAGCGCCAGGAGCCACUCCCAGAGGUCCCUGUCACGGAAGGGCUCUCGAGGCCACGAGAGCCCCGAGGAGAGGAGACCCGGGAGGAGAGACUUCAUCAGGUCCAAAAUCUAUCGCUCGCAAUCUCCGCACUAUUUCCGGACAGGCAGAGGUGAAGGAUCCUCGCUGAAGAAAGAGGAUAGCAAAGGAGAGGAUCUGAAAGGAUCUGGCUCACUCUCCCAAAACAGCAGCGGCUCCAGCAUGGGCAGGGCCUCGGAAGGGGACUGCAGCCCCGAGGAGAGAAACUCCGUCACUGCAAAGCUGCUCCUGGAAAAGAUUCAAUCCAGGAAGGUUGAGAAGAAGCCCUGCGUCACUGACGAGAUGCUCCCAGGGGCAAACAAGGUGGGAAUAAAGCUCAAAGAUCCUCCCCAGGGCUACUUUGGCCCCAAACUUCCUCCUUCCUUGGGUAACAAACCGGUUCUCCCCUUAAUUGGGAAACUGCCAACCAUUCGGAAGCCGAACGCCAAAAGAUACGAAGAGUCUGGGCUGGAGAGGGGUGAUGAGCAAGAGCUGUCAGAUGCUGAGGAGCUUUCCCAGGGCAUUGAGGAGGCUCAGUUGGGUGGCCAGUCUCUCUUGGAAGAAGUGGUGAUGGUGAUUCAAGACAAGCCUCUGGAUGAGCAGAAACGGGAUGAACCCGCUGUGGAAAUGCCUUCCAUUCCCCUCGAGGCACCGGCACUCCCCGAGUGCUUUAGGUCUGGAGAUCUGGUUAUGCCACACAACUUCCUCUCGGAUCCGGGCGAUGGCGAUGGGCUAGAACCUAUGGAUGGGGGCAGCCAGCCAGUCCCAGUGGAAACCGGUAUGAUGCCCUUAGUUCCAGACGUCGAGCACUUUCCUGGCUAUGUGCCUCAGGGCGGGGAGCCAAGCAUCGAAGGGGACCGGGAAGGAGAAGAUUCCUCCCUAGCACCACUCGAGAGCCAGCCCAUCACUUUUACACCCGAGGAGAUGGAGAAGUACAGUAAGCUGCAGCAAGCUGCCCAGCAGCACAUCCAGCAGCAGCUCCUGGCAAAGCAGGUCAAGGCCUUCCCAGCCUCGGCAGCCCUGGCUCCCGCAGCACCUGCCCUGCAGCCCAUCCACAUCCAGCAGCCAGCGGCGGCCUCGGCCACGUCCAUCACCACGGUGCAGCACGCCAUCCUGCAGCACCACGCUGCCGCCGCCGCUGCCGCCAUCGGCAUCCACCCGCACCCCCAUCCCCAGCCCCUCGCUCAGGUUCACCACAUACCCCAGCCCCACUUGACCCCUAUUUCCUUAUCCCACUUGACCCACUCCAUUAUUCCAGGGCACCCUGCUACGUUUCUAGCCAGCCACCCCAUCCACAUCAUUCCGGCGUCAGCCAUCCAUCCGGGCCCCUUCACUUUCCAUCCCGUUCCUCACGCUCUUUAUCCAACCCUUCUUGCCCCGAGACCCGCUGCCGCCGCGGCUGCCACAGCCUUACACCUUCACCCUCUGCUGCACCCCAUCUUCUCAGGACAGGACUUGCAGCAUCCACCCAGUCACGGCACAUGAAGGAUAAAAUGAAGUAACCUCGGAGGAAGGAGAAUCUUGUGCAUUUUGGGAAGGGGUUUGGAGUUGAUCCAGCUGGCGGGUGAAGCCUGAGAAUUUCCUUUCACUCUUUAGCAGCCAAAGAAGCCAGAGGCUCGAGGGCUAGGGAGCAGCAGGCGGUGGGUCAGUUGUAAGCGUUGUGUAUAUCCACUACCAGGGACAGUGUCACGUCCCUGACCCCUCUGUGCACGUAGCAGCACUCUCUUAGGAGAAUCAUUUCACGUGUAGACCAGCGAGAUGCUUGGAAAGGCUCUUUUUUUUUUCUUUUCCCUGAUUCUUACACUUGGUCAUCUCCCUUCUGCCACCUUGUACAUGAUGAAGGAGAUCCUGUACACACUAAUAGAUCUCUCAAAACCCUUUUAAUGAGGUCAUCUAAUUAAAACAGUCAGCAUGAUUGAGUCUGGCUUGGAACGGGCCAGAGAACAGUGAGGACCUGGCGACUGUGGAUGCUGGUGGGGAGGUGGAGGGAAGCGCAGGGCCACACUGGUUUUGGCUGGGCCAGCACCAGCCUUUGGGUAUCACACAUGGCUGCCUGCUUAGGGGGGUUUUGUCCUCGGGAUGAGCAGCAAAGGUGGAAUUAAGAUCUUACUGUAAAGAGGAAGAGAGGAGCUACACGUGUACCUGGAGCCCCAUGUCCUGGGCUGCAGAGAGGCUCUGGGCUGGUGAUUCCAGCCUGGGGUUUGACCACUCUUCUCCUAAGAGGAGGGAAAACAUCACUCUGACGUCCACCUCCUGUGGUGUUGGGAGAGAGGAGAAAAAUCCCUUUGGGAAUUGAAGCAAUACGGAGGCCAGGGGAGAGCAGCCGGGGUGUGUGAAGUGAAUUCCUCUUUCCUCUGUAAUAUUGAUGGUUUCCUUAUUAAUUUAUAGGGUUAUUUUCUUCUUUUUUUUUUUUUAAUGUAAAGAAUUGCACUGAACUCUGUAAACAAAGAUGCUGCUUUUUGUAGCUCCUAUAAAAAGGUUACAUUUGUAGUAUAUUGCAAUAAUAUUUUUUACAGCCCGUUCUUUUAGUGGUACUUGUUCUGGUGGCUUCUGUGUAAAUAUGUUUGCUGUAGGUGAAAUAAGACACUUGGAAAGGUUCCACUUUGGGAGUUGCAGCUAGCUGCAGGACGACUUCAGCAUGUAUAUUUUAUCAAGCUCAUGUAUUUUUGAAGUUUUUAUGUACUAUAAAAUGUAAAAAAUGAGAAAAAAAAGAAAAGAUUAAUUAAAUCUUCCUUUAAGCAUUUUGCAGCAGCAAACAAAGGCUUGGAGCAGGCGCGGUGCGUGGCCACCAGCAGUGACCCAGCUCGGAGCAGCUCUGUGUCCCUGCUGUAGGAAUCGGAUCCCGGAGGCAGCCUCGGGAGCGCAGUGUAAAACACCCGGGUUUGUGACUGGCUCUUCCCCCUGGGUUCACGUGGGUGAUUUGCAGCUCCCAGCACGGCCGUGCAGCCCCCAGCAGCCUUCUGGUGAGGGAAGAGCCUUUGGACCCAUCCUCCCGCAGGGAGCCGUGGUUUAGGACUAACCCUGAUGUUCUCUAAGGGAUUCCUCAGUUCUUCCAGCUGAUACCACUGACCGGGAGGCUCCUCCAGCCACGAGCUCUCCCAUCGCGCCGGGAUUUGGGAUUCAGGUCCUUGUAUUAGAGCGGUUUGAGGGCACCUUCUGGGCUGGAUUUGGGAGCUGGCAGCAAGGUGUCCCCUUCCCCAUCCUCCUGGGCAGGCAGAGACUGAAAGGAUCAAAACCUCUGGAGCUUCCUCACUCUUGAAAUGAGAAAUGUUGUGUUUGGGCAGGUCUGAACCCCAACGGUCACAAAAAGGGACUCAAUAUCUCUGUAAAUAAUGAACAGAUUCAGUAUUACUAUCUCAGUGCUGGGUUUCAUUAGCUUCUAGAUCCCACAUCCAUGUUCUGGCACUCUUCACGCUGCAGCCCGGGGGGGUUUGACUUCCAGAAUAGUGCUAAAAAUAAUUAACCUGUCAUUACUUACCAAGCAUAAACAGACUGUAUUUAACUUUGUCACAUAAGAUUAUAUAUAUAUAUAUAUGCUGUAAAAUGAGGGGGGAAAAAACACCUUUCUAAUAAACCAAUGAUUUGUGGAAAAA